GUCUUCUAUAAAAGCCCGCAGCAACUACUCUCGUUCACGAUCUCGUUACUAACCGGGUUUAGUCAAGUGAAAGCAAAGCGAGUGCUAUCGAAGAACAAUGGUGACGAUUAAGGCUGUUAAAGCUAGGCAGAUCUUCGAUAGUCGUGGAAACCCUACUGUCGAAGCGGACGUUACACUUUCUGAUGGAACCCAAGCUAGGGCUGCUGUUCCGAGUGGUGCUUCGACAGGAUGCUAUGAAGCUCUGGAGUUAAGAGAUGGAGGGUCAAACUACCUCGGGAAAGGUGUCCUUAAGGCUGUGGAAAAUGUCAAUACAAUCAUAGGACCUGCUUUGAUUGGAAAGGAUCCAACUGAGCAGACCAAGAUUGAUAACUUCAUGGUACAAGAACUUGAUGGAACAGUUAAUGAGUGGGGUUGGUGCAAACAAAAGCUUGGCGCAAAUGCCAUCUUGGCAGUAUCACUUGCUGUCUGCAAAGCAGGAGCCCUUGUAAAGAAGAUCCCCCUUUACAAGCACAUUGCCAAUCUUGCCGGGAACAAAACCUUAGUGUUACCUGUGCCAGCCUUCAACGUCAUCAAUGGAGGUUCACAUGCAGGCAAUAAAUUGGCAAUGCAGGAGUUCAUGAUUCUCCCUGUUGGGGCAUCCUCUUUCAAGGAAGCUAUGAAAAUGGGUACAGAAGUAUACCAUCACUUGAAGGCUGUAAUUAAGAAAAAAUAUGGUCAAGAUGCUACUAACGUUGGUGAUGAGGGUGGCUUUGCUCCCAACAUUCAGGAAAACAGAGAGGGCCUUGAACUGCUGAAGACUGCUAUAGCAAAGGCUGGAUAUAGUGGCAAAGUUGUGAUUGGAAUGGAUGUUGCAGCUUCAGAAUUCUAUGGCAGCAAGGAUAAGACUUAUGAUUUGAAUUUCAAGGAAGAGAACAAUGAUGGAUCACAGAAAAUAUCAGGCGACAGCUUGAAGAAUGUUUACAAGUCUUUUGUGUCUGAUUACCCAAUUGUGUCUAUAGAAGACCCAUUUGAUCAGGAUGAUUGGGAGCACUAUGCCAAAUUGACAAGUGAAAUUGGCCAGCAUGUCCAGAUUGUUGGGGAUGACCUUCUUGUCACCAAUCCUAAGCGUGUGGAGAAGGCAAUCAAGGAGAAAGCAUGCAAUGCCCUUCUAUUGAAGGUGAAUCAAAUUGGUUCCGUCACUGAGAGCAUUGAAGCUGUGAAAAUGUCUAAACGUGCUGGCUGGGGUGUCAUGGCUAGCCAUCGAAGUGGUGAAACUGAGGAUACUUUCAUUGCAGACCUUUCAGUUGGUUUGGCUACGGGUCAGAUCAAGACAGGAGCUCCUUGCAGAUCAGAGCGUCUUGCUAAAUACAACCAGCUUCUUAGGAUUGAAGAAGAACUUGGGUCAGCAGCAAUCUAUGCUGGAGCAAAGUUCCGGGCACCAGUGGAACCUUACUAGUGUCCAACCGCAUGCACAAUCUGGCCAGAGUUAUUUGGUUUACAACUUUUUGAUGUCAAGAGGUGGAUUCUUUCAGUCGUGGAAGUUGCCUUCAUGGCUAGUUGGCUUAGCCUAUGAAGAGGAGAAAAUAAAUAGCAAUUUCUAGAGGGGGAUCCCUCAUUAUCUGUUUUGAAGGAUUAGUUCUCAUCUUCAGUCUUUGACUCUUUGGUAGCAAUGUGAUAAACUAUGUGAUUUCUGAACCAUUUUGCACCAUAAUUAAUAGGUGGUUUUUUUGGGCUUCA